UCUUUCCCCUACAAAUACUCUUUUCUUCUUCUUCCCAAUUCCAAUCACACACAAUUACAACAUAAACCAAAAUCCAAGCUUUUUCUUACCUUUUUCUGUUUUCCCCCAUUUCAGUUUGGUUGAUUUAUCCGAUCAUCGGAUACAAGUUGAAACCUUGGAUCUUUUCGAUCACUUGGAUUUUGGUUUUUUUUUCUUCUUCUUCCCAUCUGAGUUUGUAAUCUCAUUUCUUUUUUCUUUAGUGAAAGAAAGCAUGAAUGCUCUAGCUGCAACGAACAGAAACUUCCGUCAUGCAUCGAGAAUCCUGGGUUUGGAUUCCAAGAUCGAGAAGAGUCUUAUGAUCCCAUUCAGAGAGAUCAAGGUGGAGUGUACGAUUCCUAAAGAUGAUGGAACUCUGGUUUCUUACAUUGGAUUUAGGGUUCAACAUGACAAUGCUCGUGGACCCAUGAAAGGUGGAAUCAGAUAUCAUCCUGAGGUUGAUCCCGAUGAAGUGAACGCACUGGCUCAGCUGAUGACUUGGAAAACUGCUGUUGCAGACAUUCCAUACGGUGGAGCUAAAGGUGGAAUCGGGUGUAGUCCUCGUGACUUGAGUUUGAGUGAGCUUGAGAGACUCACUCGUGUCUUUACCCAGAAGAUCCAUGAUCUCAUCGGUAUUCACACCGAUGUGCCUGCUCCUGAUAUGGGCACUAACGCUCAAACCAUGGCUUGGAUUCUUGAUGAGUACUCCAAGUUUCAUGGUCAUUCCCCUGCUGUUGUCACUGGAAAGCCCAUUGAUCUUGGUGGUUCACUAGGUAGAGAAGCUGCCACAGGACGUGGUGUAGUCUAUGCCACUGAAGCUCUUCUUGCUGAGUAUGGAAAAUCGAUUGAGGGCUUGACAUUUGUUAUUCAGGGUUUUGGGAAUGUUGGAACAUGGGCGGCGAAGUUGAUCCACGAGAAAGGCGGUAAAGUGGUUGCAGUAAGCGACAUUACUGGUGCAGUCAGGAACCCUGAAGGUAUCGACAUCAAUGCCCUGCUGAAACACAAAGACGCAACUGGAAGUCUCAAUGAUUUUACUGGUGGAGACGCUAUGAAUUCAGAUGAAUUGCUCAUUCAUGAGUGCGAUGUUCUCAUCCCUUGCGCUCUUGGUGGUGUCCUGAACAAAGAUAAUGCUGGAGAUGUGAAGGCAAAGUUUAUAAUAGAGGCUGCAAACCAUCCAACCGAUCCAGAUGCUGAUGAGAUUCUGUCGAAGAAAGGAGUGAUUAUACUUCCAGACAUUUACGCAAAUGCAGGAGGAGUGACUGUGAGCUACUUUGAGUGGGUGCAGAACAUUCAAGGGUUCAUGUGGGAAGAGGAAAAAGUGAACUUGGAGCUGCAAAAGUACAUGACUCGAGCCUUUCACAACAUCAAGACAAUGUGCCAUACUCAUUCCUGCAACCUCCGUAUGGGAGCUUUCACUCUUGGAGUUAACCGAGUCGCUAGAGCCACCCAGUUGCGUGGUUGGGAAGCUUAAUUUAGCUGAAUCCCCCAUUUAUACUCUGUUUUUUUUGCUUCAUUGUUACUGAAAAUCAUUGAGCUUUCGAAAUGGAAAAGAAAACAAAAUGGAUUGAAUAAACUAACAGAUUGGAAUAAAAGAUAUUAUUGCAUUC